AUGACCAGAGAAAUUGAGAUUUACUAUCCUAAAUAUGAAAAGUAUAAAGACAUAUCAGUUUAUGUAUCACUAUGUGAAUUUGUGGAGCUUUUUUAUAAUAAAGAUAUUGAAAAGUUUAAAAGGUAUAAAGAAUUUCAAAUAGAAAGAUUUCCUCAAUCAAAUGAUAUAUUUUUUGAACAUUACAGAAUGAUGUUUAUGAUUUUAUGUUCAAAUCUUGAAAAUACUACUUUUAAAAACAAUAAGUUUUAUAGAAAGUUUUUAAGAUAUUUAAAAAUAUUUAUCAAAAUUUUAAGAAAUUAG